CGGAAUCAAACUUGUGUAGACCGAGAAUCCAUCCCUCAGAAACCCCAAAACCAAAAAAAAAAUAAAACAACUCAAGAACAAAUCGAAAUCUCAACUCUGUGAAACCUCAUCCUUCUUCUUCUUCUUCUUCUUUCAUCAUUCCUUCGUUUAUUUGCUUCAAUGGACGUUUGAUUUGCUCUGGGACUGCGUUUGGUGAGGAAGAUAAUACUAUGGAGGACCCCGAGAGAAUCAUGGUUUCUGAUGGGACUGACUCUGCUCUUGCAAAUGGUGGGUUAACAAUGGAAAAUGUCGGCAUUCAACGAAAUGGUGUUGCUUCUGGUGAAAUCUUGGAUACUACUUCAGAAAGUCAGAAUGAGAAUUCGGGAGACAGUUCCACUAUGGAUGUAGUUGAACACCCUAAGGAGGUAGCUGAGGUCACACAAGUUGAAAAUGUAGAUGACCCAAAGUAUAUUAAAGGCCAAAAAGCACAACGGAAGCCGAAGCAAGAGAAACUCUCAGGUGGUAAGAAUGUUCCAUCGGUUCAUAUCAAAAAGAAGAAACAGAACAAAGGUGUAGAUGCUAAAGUGGCAGCAUCAAAUGGUUCUGUUGCUCCUAAUGCACACACAACAAAAUCUCUAAAGAGCACAUCAUUUAAUGGUAGAGAGGCUCAAGUCACGGAGCAUGGUAAGCCAGACUCUGCACCAGCUGAAAGCGCCGCCGGGGACAAGGUGAAACCAAAGCCUCAAAAGAAACAAGUUCAUGAGACAUCUGAAGAUGAUACUCAGUCUUCUAAUAGCCCGAAAGCAGACGAUGGCAAACCUCGUAAAGUUGGUGCACUUCCAAAUUAUGGAUUCAGUUUCAAAUGUGACCAACGGGCUGAGAAGAGAAGAGAGUUUUAUGUUAAGCUUGAGGAAAAGACUCAUGCGAAAGAAGAGGAAAUCAAUAGCAUGCAAGCCAAGUCCAAGGAAACACAAGAAGCGGAGCUUAGGAAGCUAAGGAAAAGCUUGAACUUCAAAGCGACACCCAUGCCUAGCUUUUAUCAAGAACCUCAGCCGCCUAAAACCGAGUUAAAGAAGAUACCACCAACAAGACCUAAAUCUCCAAAACUUGGGAGAAAGAAGACUGAUUCUGAAGAAACUCAAACCCCUCGCGUCGGUAGGCUGAGCUUAGAUGAGAAAGCUUUGAAAGAUAACCCGACUGCUAAGGGAAUCGUGCCAACAGUUGAUCUCAAGAAGCAACCGGUGCGCAAGUCACUUCCAAGAUUGCCAUCUCAGAAAACAGCUCUCCCCGAUGGAAAACCGGCUCCAGCAAAAGCUGUCACAACCUUAGCAAAGGUGAAACCUGAAAGAAAGAAAAUUGAAAAGGAUGCGGAAACUCUAAACCAGUCUUCACAUCCUAAAGAAGAGGAAGCACAAGUGACUCUAUCAUCCAUUGCUGAUGCGGAAAAUUCACAUGAGAUCGUAUCUCCAAGGAUGGAUGAAGACAGAGCCGAGUCCGAGUCCAUUGAGGUAUCUGAAGUGGUUGCUGUUGAGCAUUAAAAACUCCGCGUUACGAUCAUUACCCUCGGGACUCAUAUCUUGCGUUAAUUAAGGAGGAGGACAAGAGGAAAAGAAACCGUAUAAUAUUUAUAUGUAUCUUCGACCAAAACUUAUCUGAGAAGAAAUGGAUAAAAGAGUGAAAAGAACCACAUGGAUUUGGUUCUUUUGGUUGCUGCUUUUAAAUAUUUCUGUGUUUGAUGGUAAUGUUUUUAAUCUUUUAAGAUGUUUUUUGAUGUCAAGAUACUGUUUCUUUUUCUUUUGCGUUUUUGAUGCUUUGAUUCCUACAAGGUUAACAUUCGACAGAUUCUACC